AAGAGCACAGCGCUAGCUCACCAAUCCCAGUUCGACCUCCAGCAUCUCCACUGCGACACAACGCUAGUCCAACAAAGCAUCCCUUGUAGAAUGUCCGAAUGCGCGCCUCGCGCUGCGGCCGUGCUGUCAUUUGCAGAUGACGGUCUCUUAGCGCUUGCUGCUGCUACCUGGUAUCUGUUGCGUACGUGCCUGCACUCUUGCCCCACCUGCAACAUUCAUUUGAAAGAUAGAAGGCGUUUUGGCCUUGAACCACCCCAGGAGCUGCUCCCGUGUGAGGGUCUAUUCCCGUCCUUUGACCCACAUUGUCGCCUGGGUACAACUGUCGUUGAAUCCUCCUAUGAUUCAACCUCCCUCCAGCCGUUAGCAACGCACGGUCGCGGUCAAGCAUAAGUCACGGUCUUGCUACGGAACCUUAAUUUACUUCUUUCCGGCCUCUUACUCUUCGUUCUCCAAAGGCAUCGUUCACACAAUGGAGGCACUUCGUAUGUACCGUGAUGGGGUCAACAGCUUCCUCGGGACUUCAACAUUUGGUCGAGUCUUUCGACUUGAAGGUUGCGGACAUGAGAAAGAGAUUAUCAACUCGAGGUUCACCACGGAGAUCCGAGCUGGUCUGACAACUUUCUUCACUAUGGCUUACGUCAUAUCCGUCAAUGCCUCCAUUCUGUCCGAUACAGGCGGCAAUUGCGUCUGCAAUGAUGCGGUCGACCCUCUAUGUAUGAACAACGUAGAAUACGCGGUCUGCGUUCAAGAUCUCAGGCGGUCACUCGUUACUGCAACGGCAGCUAUUUCAGGUUUCAGCUCAAUCUUGUUCGGUUUUCUCACCAAUAUGCCAGUUGCCCUUGCACCUGGCAUGGGCCUGAAUGCGUACUUCGCCUAUCAGGUCGUCGGUUUCCAUGGCAGAGGGAUCAUAUCGUACAAUCUUGCGCUAACGGCUGUCUUCAUUGAGGGCUUCAUCUUCAUCGGACUUUCGUUGGUCGGAAUGCGACAAUGGCUCGUCAAAGUCAUUCCGAACUCACUCAAAAUCGCCACAGCCUGUGGUAUCGGACUUUUCCUAGCAUUGAUCGGUCUGAGCAAUAGUACCGGUAUUGGUGCGAUCAGCGGAGCCAGGGAUACACCGCUGCAACUCGCAGGCUGUGCUGAUGAGUACAAAGACGACUUAGGUAUAUGUACGAGUCACAAGAUGACUUCGCCAACACUGUGGAUUGGUCUUACUUGCGGAGGGAUAGUAACGUCCUAUUUAAUGAUUUUCAAGGUCAAGAGUGCGAUGAUUAUCGGAAUUUUGAUAGUGUCGAUAACCGCAUGGCCACGAGGUACAAACAUCACCUAUUUCCCUAAUACUUCCAUCGGCAACGACCGAUGGGACUACUUCAAGAAAGUUGCUUUUUUCCAGCCCAUCGACAGCACUCUCAACACUUUGGACUGGAAUGUCAGUCAGAACACUUCCCACUUCGUUCUCGCUCUUUUCACUUUUCUUUACGUUGAUAUUAUCGACUGCACGGCUACACUAUACUCGAUGGCUCGCUUCUGUUGUGCUGUAGAUCAUGAGUCUGGCGAUUUUCCACGAUCUACUCUAGCCUACUGUACAGAUGCAUUCUGUAUCUCUGUGGGCGCUCUUCUUGGUGUUUCACCUGUUACAGCUUACAUUGAAUCCGGCGCUGGUAUUGCAGAAGGCGGCAAGACAGGCCUGACUGCAAUAGUAGCCGGUCUCUGCUUUCUCGUUUCGAUGUUCUUUGCCCCCAUUUUCGCAUCCAUCCCUCCGUGGGCAACCGGAUGUACGCUUGUCAUCGUUGGAUGCUUGAUGAUGCGACAAGUAACGAGCAUCAAUUGGCGGUACAUUGGAGAUGCAAUUCCCGCUUUCGUUACGCUCAUGUUCAUCCCGUUCAGCUACAGUGCAGCUUACGGGCUGAUUGCUGGCCUCUUGAUCUAUACCGCGCUCAACGGCAUGGCAUACCUCACUCAGCUUAUCUCUGGUGGCCGUAUCGUUCCUGACGAUGCAGAUGCCCGGGAGUACUGGUCUCUUAGACCAGGUGGUCGAGACCCUUGGUUCGUCAGAGCUGGGCAAGAUAUUGCGGAUCGCCUUAAUGGCGAUCAUAAGAACGAUGCGUCAUCGAUCAGAAGCGGCACCUCUUCCUGGCGCCACGAAAGGAUCGGCUCCAAGAGUUCAAACCGGGAGUUGAGCAGUUUGACCAUCAAACCAAAUGAUCCUACAGAUCCCAGGCUUGAGAAGGUUUUGCGAAAGCUCUAAGCUACUUGGCAAGGAUGUUGCCUGUAUACUGUACAGAUUGAUAUCAAUCCAAACAAUAGGUGGCGGGCCACACGUACCCAUCUACGUUCCAUCUUCAAGCAACCGCGCGCCUGUAUUCGGCUCUGGACUGUUGACUAUUGUGCUAACAUGGAUGCCUUAUUUUUUUUAGCUCGGCAUUGACAUAUUCCGUGAGGAUCUAUCCAGCCUAAGCGACCGCCCU